UUACCUUCCGCCGUGUGUUUUUUAAGACAAAUGUGCUUUCCAUGAAAUGUAAAUAAUUUUAAAAUAUCGCAAACGUCUAUAAAUUAUGCGUUUAUUCGGUGAUGUUUAAUCAUCCAAAGCAUAUAGGUUUAAUUGUUUAUUUGUUAAGAUUAAAUUACAAUAAUUGAAACUGUAGAAGCCAAAGUUAUGGUGAAUAAAUUGCCUUUUAAAAGAUAUUUGCUUUGGUUUGCUAACGAGCAUGCAAACUUUAGGUUCGACGAGAAUAUAUGCUUUUAGAGUGAUAUGUCAUAUUUUACAGGAAAUUAAAUCAAUCACGAAAUUGUUAAACAUUGAUUUAAAAUGGGACUGUACUCCUGAGGAAGAUCCGUUUAUGAUCGUUGAAACGAAUUUAGAAGAAAACAUUAAACAAAUUGCAAAGCGUUCAGUUUUGAUGAGAUGCAUUGUCGAACUGUGGAGUGAAGCGAAGACGAAGGACGAAUUGCAUAAGAAACUGAAAGAACUUCCGGACCAGUUUUUCAUGCCUUAUUCUAAUCCGAACGUGUCUUUCAAAGUGAAAGUCGAGGUAUUCGGAAGUUCUCAGACACAACAAGAGAAAAUAGAAAGAAUCGAGUCGUUUAAUUAUCUUCCUCUUGCUGGACCGGUCAAGCUGAAGAACCCCGAUGUUGCCUUGCAGUAUAUAGAAUAUUUUGGGUUAAAUCCAAAUAAAAUUUCCGACAUACCCUUGAACUUCUUUUUUGGGCGAAUUGUAACUGACAGUAACAGAUCCUUAAUAACUGAUUUUUCACUGAAAAAGAGAAAAUUUAUUGGCAAUACAAGCAUGGAUCCACAAUUAUCGUUCGUUAUGGCGAACCAAGCACUUGUUAAAAAAGGGGAUAUAAUACUAGAUCCAUUUGUUGGAACAGGAUCUCUGUUAAUAUCUGCUGCUCAAUUUGGUGGGUAUGUUCUUGGAGCGGAUAUAGAUUAUCUGAUGAUUCAUGGUAAAUCGAGGCCAACAAGGAAACAGGAUCGGCACAAACCAAGAGUUGAUGAAAGCAUUUAUCAAAAUAUGGUGCAGUAUAAUUUACAAAGCCAGUAUCUUGAUGUUGUCGUUGCAGAUUCAUCAUUGCCUUUGUGGAAGCCACAAUUUACAUUAGACGCCAUUAUUACUGACCCACCGUACGGAGUGCGAGAAGCAAUGGAAAGAGUUGGGAGUACAAGGGACGACAAAAAAAUAAGCGAUGUUCACUUAAAAACUCACAUCCCAAGCAAAAUUCAGUACAGUCUCACCGAACUUAUUUCUGACCUUUUGUUAUUUUCGGUUAAACAUUUGAAAAUGGGUGGCAGAUUAGUUACAUGGCUUCCGGUCAUUAGGUGUGAAUAUGAAGAAAACAAAUUGCCUCAACACUCUUGUCUGAAACUUGUCGGAAAUUCCGAACAGAUUCUUUCGACCACAGCGUCAAGGCGAUUGCUCACUUACGAGAAAAUAUGUGAACCAAAGGAUGAUGAUAUCUUGAAAGUAGAGGAGGACGAACCAUUCAGAAAAAGAUACCAGCAGCAUGUGGAUGAAUUAAGAAAAACUAAAAGUGUAGAAAAGGGUGUAAAAAGAAAGAAUAAUGAAAAUGUGUAAUUUACAAU